UCUUGCUAAGUGACAAACGCAAAUUAAUUAUCUGCAUCUCACUCAACCGAAUCCUUGAACAAUAGAUCUUUAGGCCGACAUUAGCGGCCACUCGAUUGCAGAAAGUCGGCCAAGUCUCUCUCUCUCUCUCUCUCUCUUCAACCUUUUCAUUACUCGAUCUACUGAGUUCUGAUAUUUUGUUCUGUAAAUUAGUACAUUGACCUACUUCCUCCCAUCAAUAACCUUGUCUUUUAAGGACUCCUUCCUUACUCAUUUAAACAAGCUUUCUAGCUCCUCUCUGAAACCACUGUCGAUCGAUCUAUGCAACCAAUUCUGGCGUGCUUGAAUGUCCAGAGAACGGAAAAUAUUCUAUACUCAGAAAAACAUAUAUAUACCCAGAAAAGAAAUCUCAUAUAUACUACAAUUUUCUUCUUCUUGGUCUUGAUCUUCUUUCUUACUGAUCUCCUUGAUCAUCUUUUUAACUUGAUCAUCUUGUUUUUUUUCAAGGGAGAGAUUGGAUGAGAUAUUGGUAAUUAGAAAUGAUCAAAAGAGAGACGGAUGCAUCUUCUCAAAUGGGAGGGAGACAUUUAUUCGGUCCUGCUGGGUCGACCAUAAACACUCUUACACCAUGUGCUGCAUGUAAGCUCUUGAGACGAAGGUGUACUGAAGAAUGCCCUUUCUCGCCAUAUUUCUCUCCGCAUGAGCCCCAAAAAUUUGCAGCUGUUCACAAAGUUUUUGGUGCAAGCAACGUCUCCAAGAUGCUAAUGGAAGUGCCAGAGAGCCAAAGAGCUGAUGCGGCGAACAGUCUGGUUUAUGAAGCAAACUUGAGGCUGAGAGACCCGAUACAUGGGUGCAUGGGUGCAAUUUCUGCUUUGCAACAACAAAUUCAAUCUUUGCAAGGAGAACUUAAUGAAGUAAGGACUCUGAUGAUGAGACACAAAUUCAGAGAAGUUAUUGGUAACAACAUUUCAUCUAGUACUACUGCUGCUGCUGAUUUAGUUUCUUCUCGGGUGCCGGCUGUUUCGAUUGCUUCUGCACCACCACCACAGACUCUUCCUCCUCCACCAGAAAUAUUGUCACCUCUACCUUUUGCUGUCCCUUCUUUGUCUUCUUCAUCAUCUUCUUCUUCUCUGUAUACACCGCGGCCUACAAGCACCACAGGUUACAGCUCAAUUGGUAAUAUUGUCCCAUAUUUUGACUGAGUUCAUAGAAUUUAGCCUCUCUUCCUUUCUUUUUUUUUUUUU